CCAACCACGAGCUAAUCUCUGUUGCCCGUCGACGGUGCAUAGAACGCUCGAAUCCUCGGAGCUGCGCACAAACGAAACGGAAAAACAUGCUUUUUCUUCGUACUCGUCCAAAUCGGAGUUUGUCAUCAUCCCCAGCUUGUAUUUAAAGCGAAAGAUUCCCCCUUUUUUGUCGCGUUUUGUCGCGUAGCAAUUGCUAGCGGCGAGCUAGUUAGCCUUCUUGCUAACAAUUCGGGACGGAAAAAUACAGGAAGCGGUGGUCGGCCUAAAAGCUUGCUCUUGACGCACAAACGGCACAAAUUCUUGAAAAACAGGAUUUUUAAUCUGGAAUAAGGGCUAAAAUGGCUCCCUACUCUCCAUCCCGCUCCAACUCCAGAUCUAAGUCCCGAUCCAGAUCGGCUUCUAGAUCACAAUCUAGAAGCCGCUCCCGUUCAAGAUCCAGGAAGCGUCGCUACAGCUCCAGGUCCCGUUCCCGCUCUCGUUCCCGCACCCCCAUGUCCUACCGAAACUAUCCCUCCCGGGACUAUCAGAACAACCGUGGCUACAACCGAGGCUACAAUCGCGGCUACCGAAGGCCCUUCCACUUCCGUGGAAGAAACCGAGGGUACUACCCGCGGGGGGGCCACUAUCAGAACCGGGGCGGCGGCGGCGGAAAUUACGGCUACAAGUCCAACUGGCAAGGCGGCGGAGGCUGGCACGACCGCAAGCGCGACCAGGACAGCCGCUCGCACAGUCCCCGGCGAGGACGCUCGCGCUCGCACUCGCCCAGCAAGCGCUCUGCCAGCCGCUCGCACUCGCGCCACUCGGACCGCUCUUCGUCUGAGCGGUCGCAGCGCUCCAGGGCCUCCAGUUCCUCCAGAUCCCGCUCGUCUACCCCUUGCCCCCGCAACAAGGGCAAACCCAGCUCCAAGAUCACCAAGGAAAAGCCGGCGGAACCGCCGGCAGAGAAGCCGGCCGAGGAAGGCGGCGCGAUCGAGAAGGCCUCGGGAGGCAAAUGGAUCGACUACGGCGGCUCGGAAACGACUCAGAAGGAGGAAGCCGCCGCCGACAGCACCCCCAAAUCGGGGCAAACGGCCUCCUUCAGCGGCUUCGGCUUCUUCUCCAAAGACGACGCCAAAUCGGGAGAAAAGACGGUGAUCUCGGCUGCCUUCAAAAAGUUCUUGGCUGAAAACAAAAGCAAAAAGCAGGCAGCCGAAAAGGAGGAAGCGGCCGAACGCGAGAAGAGCAGCGCCGAGCGAGAACAAGAGAAGGGCAUCAAAUCCGGAGACAUCUUCAGCAUCUCCGUCCCCUUCGCCGACACCAAGGACGACAAGACCAUGCCCUUCUUUGACGAAGAGGAGGAGGAGUUCCUCAAGUCUCACGGCUUGAAAGACCGGGAUGCCGACGAGGACAAAUCCAAUCCGUCGGCGCGCGACAUAUUCGGGAAGUGGGGCGACGAGCCCGCCUACCCCACCUCCUACCCGCCGAUAAAGGAGAAAAGUCGCAGGGACGAGGACGCCGAAACUUUAGACAAAAUGGUGGAGGAGAUGUACCAGAGCCGCAAGCACAGCAAGAAGGAGGAAAAGGCCAAGAAGAAGGAGAAGAAGGAGAAGGAGAAAGAGAAGAACAAAAGAAGUCCGUCCCCGGCGACCACGUCCAAAAGCAAGGAGAGACCCCUCUUUCCGGGGGCUUUCCCGACUCGUGACGAAUCGCCUGUACGUCUCGCUUCGUCCAGAGAGGAUUUUGAACAAAGGGUCUCCGAAGAAAUGCCGAGCUCCUCCAUGUCAAAGAAUCGCUUCUUGUCCAGAGAUCUGGUGAACCCCUCAAAAAAGGAUGCCGAGUAUCGUUCCAUUUUCCAGAAUAUUCAGUCGGCUCAACUUCGCAGCAGCCCCGCCGAGCUUUUCGCUCAGCAUAUCGUGUCCAUUGUGCACUACAUCAAAGCUCAGCACUUCCCCUCCUCAGACAUGUCUUUAAGUGAACGCUUCGCCAUGUACCAAAGAAAGGCCGCAGAGGCAGAAAUGAAGCCACGGAAAAGCCCAGAAAUCCACAGGAGAAUUGAUGUUUCCCCCAGUGCCUUUAAGAGGCACUCUCACCUGUUUGAGGAUAUGGAGGAGGCCAGCUUCAAGGAGUCAAGCAAAAAGUUCAAAGGGGACACCAUGGACCUUCGCCUGGACAUUGAAAGGCGCAAGAGGUUUGCCGGGAAGGAGUACCGGCGUGAGGCGGGCAGGAGCCCCGGAGGUUCUCAAGAGAGGUCCUCUGAGAAAUCCGGGAAACACCACAAGAAAUCCAAGAAAGGGAAGAAGAAGCGCGACCGCUCACCGUCAUCCUCUUCCUCAUCUUCCUCGCCGUCCCCGUUCCCCUCCGCGCCGCAGCAGCAAUUCCGCAGCAAGGAGUUCAACAUGGGAGACGGCCCGGACAAUUUCGAGGAGGGAUUCUCUCACUCGCGGUACCCUCAACGUGAGUAUGGAGGCCACGGGGAUCGAGCCCACCCGCGGGAAUUUGAGGGUCAGCAUAUGGAAAGAGGACGAGGGCGCGGAUUUUUCCCAAGGAUGAGAGGGCGAGGAUGGAACAGGGGCAAUUAUCCUGGCAACAACAACAACAACAGUAAUGGCAACCCUGCCAACAUGAAUCCUCAAGUGCGCCCUCCAGAGGAAGAGUGGGAUCCUGAGUACACGCCCAAGAGCAGGAAGUACUACUUGCACGACGACCGCGACGGGGAGAAAAACUGGGUGGAUAACCGCGGGCGCGGCCGGGGGUCCUUCAUGCCCCGGCGCGGCCGCUUCGUCUAUCGCAAGGGGGGCAGCAGCCCCAAGUGGGCCCACGACAUGUUCCAGAACGCCGAAAACCCUGAAAUGGGAGACGACAGCAUGGAGGCGGAGCCUAAAGACGGCAAAAACGCCGACGACGGCCUCAAAUCCUAAACCGGCGGUUUGUUGUCGCCGCUUGUAAAAUCUAUAUCUAGCCACCCUUUUACUCAUAUGUUGUAGUUUUUGGUCAUGUGUUCAAUGAAUGCAUGUUUUGUUUUUGUUUUUGUUUUUCGAAUAUCAAGGAUCGUUCAAUGAAAAACACCAGAAAAAUACAAAAAUAUUUGUGCCUUAGAUGAUUAAAAAAAUACAGUUCUUGUACGCUUGUUUUGGGAGGCUCUGAUACUUCUCGAUGUUAAAACUGCAUGAACAGAUUUUUUUUGCUUCUCCCACGGGACCAACCGAUAGUUGCUCAUUUGGAAUUUUUCUGAUUUUACCCCUUAAAAUGUUCAUUUUUCAAAAAUACUGUAGCAAAACCAUCUGUGAUUAUCAACCACAUGCGUAUUUUAAUGUCAAAUGUCCAGCUAAAUUAACUCGUUUGAUGCCAUUGGCGGCAAUUGACGUCUAAGCUGUUUUGACUUAGGUGGAUUUGAAUAACUACAAAACUGUUAAAACUAUUGUAAAUGCCCAAUUUAUCAGUAGUAGACGUCCAAUCCAUUUGAAGUGGGAGGGUGGCAGCGAAUGAACGUUCGUUCAUUGGGAACCACCCCCAAAAAAAUAGGAUGACUCAAAAUAUAUAUUUUGAUGCAAGUACACUAUAAAACCUUUAUGCAUUUGCUGCCUUCCAGUCAAAAUGGAUUGGACCUCUAGCGCUGUCAAUGGCAGACAAUGUUAAUUUAUGAAGCCAUUCGAGAAAAAGGACAGUUGUUAAGUUUUUUUCCCCAUUAAUUUGUGUUGUAAAUGGUAAAAAGCCAAAGUUACUAUGUGGUUAAUGUCUGGUUGGUUUAUCACCAUCAAUGGUAGAUAAUGAGUUAAACUUUACGUAUGUGUACUACUAGUAUGUACAGAUUUUGGGGUAUUGACAAGCAAAAGUAUCCAAAUUUGAAAAUUAAGCUACUUAAGUGGAAGGAACCCUAAAAUUGUAUCCCAGUAAAUUGAAACAUUCGCUUCAAAAAAUGUUUUAAGAACUAUUUUCGAUCCAUAUUGCAUGUACGCGACAAUUUUGUUUUUGGGACGAAUAUGAAGCUGGCAACUUUUAUAUUGUCGAAGCGCUUUUUGUGUUUGUCUUUUAAUUUUCAAUAAACAUCCUUUGAUUUAGGAAA